GACUGCAUACUUUUUGCACGCCCUUGCAACGCUUCAGACACGCUCCCCUACCUCGACCUCGUCGUCGUACAUAUCUCAGUCGCUCAUUCAACACUCCUUUGUCUUUCUUGACAAUGAAAUCUAUCGCUUUCAUCUCCCUCCUCGCCACCGGAGCCUUGGCACAGUCGUCGACCUCAUCCAACCCCCUCAUUCCCAGUGGUAUCAGCUCCGGCUGCAGCUCCUUCCUCACCACUCUGAACUCGAACUCGACGCUCUCGUCCUGCCUCGCCCCGUUGGUCAGCGCGACCACGGACUUUGGCCCGAGCUCUAAUGCGACAGGUUCCCCAUCCGCCUCGACCAUCUCGACCGCACUUAAUAACGUCUGCGGGAGCUCUACUUCGUGUGAUGAAAGCACCAUUCGCAGCCAGCUCGCCAGCUUUUACUCGGCGUGCUCUGCCGAGCUUACGUCGAGCUCCAACCAGGACGUGAUCCGCACUUAUGAUGUCCUCUACGCACUCACGCCCCUCAAGACGGCCAUCUGUGCCAAGGAUGACAGCGGGCGCUACUGCGUAACCACACUCUCUGAUAUCGUCUCUUCUAACGCCACUUCCGUCCGCGUGUCGACCAGCAGCAGCGGCAGCAAGUCCUCCAUCGCCGACACACUCUGGACUUCCAUCAGCUCCAAGAGCGUCUCCCGUCGUGCUGAGACCGCCCAGGUCGCGCUUAUCCCCAACGUGACCACUUACCGCGAGUCCAACAUCCUUUUCCUCUUCCUCGACGGCACUCUUUCCUCCUCCAAGCUCUGCACCACGUGCACGCGUUCUGUUAUGACCGCUUACAUGACCUUCGAGGCGUCCGUCCCCUACGCCCCUGGCAUCGCCAAUUCGGUUCUCCUUUCGGGCCAGAGUGACCUGUACAGCGGUAUCGAGUCCACUUGCGGAAGCUCGUUCCUCCAGGGUUCUGUACAGGCUGCGGGCGGUAGCAUUUCCAGCGGACUCGUCGGCGCUGCGCCGCGUUCGCUCGACGGCAAGGUCGCGAUGGCGGGCGCUAUGCUCGGCUCCCUCUUUGCCGGCGCGGUCGCGGUCUUGUAAAGGAGUGAAGGAAGGAGUGUCAAAGAGGGUGACGGUGAAUAUCGGCAUCUCGCACGAGUACUUACACGGAUGAUGAAAGCCAGUGCAUGUUAUUUAUCAUACGGUGGGAAGUGGACGCACCCGAGCAUAUAUUCUUUCUUCACUCUGCCGCCUGCCCCCUAUUUAACUAUACGUUGUUGGCCGUAACAGUUUUAUUUCAUUUUAUUUGCCUACUCGCCUGGCAUCUUUCCCUUUCUCCUCGUUUUUCAUCUUUUUGCUGUCGUCUUGCGAGCAUAUACCCCUGGGGAAUGAUACGUGCGUGUCGUCGAUCGAUCGAGGGAUCGGUACGGUGGUCUUGGUGUCACGGUACCUUACGCACGCCUGCUUGGAGCUGCUUGGUAGAUUCAGAGAAUGCGCCCUGUAUGUACGGUGUCGCUGGCAACAUCUGACAUACGAUAGAAUCAUAGGCAUUCAUCCAUC